AUGCAGGAGUCUGAGCCCACGGUGUGCCAGCUGCAGCCCAACAUCAUCUCAGUGCGUCUCUUCAAGAGGAAGGUCGGCGGCCUGGGUUUCCUGGUGAAGCAGAGGGUGUCCAAGCCGCCUGUCAUCGUGUCGGACCUGAUCCGCGGGGGGGCGGCGGAGGAGUGCGGCCUGGUGCAGGUGGGCGACAUCGUUCUGGCCGUCAACAACAAGCCCCUGGUGGACCUCUCCUACGAGCGGGCCCUGGAGACGCUGAAGAACGUGUCCCCCGAGAGCCACGCCGUGCUCAUCCUGCGCGGGCCCGAGGGCUUCUCCACCCACCUGGAAACCACCCUGUGCGGAGAGGGCCGCCAGCGCACGGUGAGGGUCACGCGCCCGGCCUUCCCGGCCUCAAAGUCCUACGAGCACUGCUCCCCACUCAGCCCCUUCAGCCCCGGGCAGCAGCAGCAGGUCAACAAGGAGCCGCAGCUCAGGGCCAUAGAGAACCUGUCCUCUCCGUCCAUCACCCAGUCCUUCCUGCAGAGGGGAGGCAUACAGGCCCAGGACCCCCUGCUGAUGAGGGACCGCGGGGGUCUCCUGUGCAACGGGAUGGAGGAGAACAACGAGCUGCUGAAGGAGAUCGAACCCGUGCUGCGCCUCAUCAGGAACAGCAAGAAGGAGAUCAAUGGCGAGGGCCAGAGGAAUGCAGGGAGAAGGGACGCCGAGAUCCAAGUGGCCUGGGACCUUGGCGUGGGAAAUGGCACAUCUCCCCAGCUGGCGUCAGAUAACGACAGAAUGCUGGAGAACAUGCCGGUGGUGUUCAACAACAACAACACUGGCACUGACAAGCCUCCGGAGCAGGGCAGAGCCUCCCCGACUAAGACCCUGCAGAACGGAAGCCCCUCCAAAUGUCCCUUGAGGUUCCUCAAGAUCAAGAACUGGGAGACUGGCACCGUCUACAGCGACGUCCUCCACCACAGCUCCAGCAAGUUGCCGAUCUGCAGCGAGAACGUGUGCAUCGGCUCCGUGAUGAUCCCCAACACGCACACCCGCAAACCAGACGAGGGCCGAUCCCCAGAGGAGCUUCUCCCACUGGCCACAGACUUCAUCGAUCAGUACUACACCUCCAUCAAAAGGAAUGGCUCCAAGGCCCACGUGGACAGGCUGGAGGAGGUCACCAAGGAGAUUGACGCUUCCGGAACAUAUCAGCUAAAGGACACUGAGCUGAUCUAUGGAGCCAAGCACGCCUGGAGGAACGCAGCCCGAUGUGUGGGGAGGAUUCAAUGGUCCAAACUACAGGUUUUCGAUGCUCGAGACUGCACAACGGCUCACGGAAUGUACAACUACAUCUGCAACCACAUCAAGUACGCCACCAACAAAGGCAACCUGAGGUCGGCCAUCACCAUAUUUCCUGCGAGGACAGAUUGCAAACACGACUUUCGAGUGUGGAACAGUCAGCUGAUUCGUUACGCAGGCUAUAAACAGCCUGAUGGGCUCAUCGUGGGAGACCCUGCAAACGUUGAAUUUACCGAGAUCUGCAUGCAGCUCGGGUGGAAAGCUCCGAAAGGUCGUUUCGACGUCCUGCCCCUCCUGCUGCAAGCCAGUGGAAACGACCCGGAGCUGUUCGAGAUCCCUGAAGACCUCGUCCUGGAGGUGCCGAUCACACAUCCAAAGUACGAGUGGUUCAAAGACCUGGAACUGAAGUGGUACAGCCUCCCGGCGGUUUCCAACAUGCUGCUGGAGAUCGGCGGCCUGGAGUUCACCUGCUGCCCCUUCAGCGGGUGGUACAUGGGCACGGAGAUCGGCGUGAGGGAUUUCUGCGACAGCUCACGCUACAACAUUCUGGAGGAGGUUGCUAACAAGAUGGCCUUAGACACCAGGAAGACUUCCUCUCUGUGGAAGGACCAGGCGCUGGUGGAGAUCAACAUUGCUGUUCUCUUCAGCUUCCAGACCUGCAAAGUGACCAUAGUGGACCACCACUCUGCAACUGAGUCCUUCAUGAAGCACAUGGAGAACGAGUACCGGGUGCGUGGUGGUUGUCCCGGCGACUGGGUGUGGAUUGUGCCUCCCAUGUCGGGAAGCAUCACACCGGUCUUCCACCAAGAAAUGCUCAACUACCGCCUCACCCCCUCCUUCGAGUACCAGGCUGAUCCGUGGAAUACCCACGUGUGGAAAGGUGUCAACGGGACUCCCACAAAGAAAAGAGCCAUUGGAUUCAAGAAGCUCGCCAAGGCUGUGAAGUUUUCGGCCAAGCUCAUGGGCCAGGCCAUGGCCAAGCGGGUGAAAGCCACCAUCCUGUUUGCGACGGAGACGGGCAAAUCGCAAGACUACGCCAAAACUCUCUGUGAAAUCUUCAAGCACGCGUUUGACGCAAAGGUCACGUCGAUGGAUGAGUACGACGUGGUCGACCUGGAGCACGAGACGCUGGUGUUGGUGGUGACCAGCACGUUCGGCAACGGUGACCCACCAGAAAAUGGAGAAAAAUUUGGAACUGCCUUAAUGGAGAUGCAUCACCCGACAUCCAACACAGCAGACAGGAAGAGCUACAAGGGCCGUUUCAACAGCGUCUCCUCGUACUCGGACACACGCAAAUCCUCCAGUGACGAGCCGGAGCCCAGAAUCAACUUUGAGAGCACCGGGCCUCUGGCUAAUGUCAGGUUCUCAGUGUUUGGCCUUGGCUCCAGGGCCUACCCACACUUCUGCGCCUUUGCCCACGCUGUGGACACGCUGUUUGAGGAGCUGGGGGGGGAGCGCAUCCUACGCAUGGGAGAAGGAGAUGAGCUGUGUGGUCAGGAGGAGUCGUUCAGAACCUGGGCCAAGAAGGUUUUUAAGGCUGCCUGUGACGUGUUCUGCGUCGGCGAUGACGUGAACAUCGAAAAGGCAAACGACUCCUUGAUCAGCAACGACCGCAGCUGGAAGAAGAGCAAGUUCCGCAUGACGUACACGGCCGAGGCGCCGGCGUUCACAGACGCUUUACACAGCAUUCACAAGAAGAAGGUUUAUGGAGCAAAGAUGCUGGAAUCUGAAAACCUACAAAGUUCCAAAUCCAAUCGCUCCACCAUAUUCGUGCGGCUCCACACAAACAACCACGACAGCCUGAGCUACCAUCCCGGCGACCAUCUGGGCAUCUUCCCUGGCAACCACGAGGACCUGGUUACCGCUCUCAUCGACAAACUGGAGGACGCGCCGCCUGUCAAUCAGAUUAUCAAAGUGGAGUUCCUGGAGGAGAGGAACACGGCUCUAGGUGUAAUCAGCAACUGGACCAGCGAGAUGCGUAUCCCUCCCUGCACCAUCAACCACGUCUUCCAGUACUUCCUGGACAUCACCACCCCCCCGAGCCCUGUGCUGCUGCAGCAGUUCGCUGCUCUGGCGACCAACGACAAGCAGAAGAAGAAACUGGAGGUCCUCAGUAAGGGCUUGCAGGAGUAUGAGGAGUGGAAGUGGUACAACAAUCCCACCCUGGUGGAGGUGCUGGAGGAGUUCCCUUCCAUCCAGAUGCCCUCCACGCUGCUGCUCACCCAGCUGCCCCUGCUGCAGCCUCGUUACUACUCCAUCAGCUCCUCUCCAGAGCUGCACCCCGGGGAGAUCCACCUCACCGUCGCUGUGGUCUCCUAUCGGGCCAGAGAUGGAGAGGGGCCCGUCCACCAUGGAGUGUGUUCAUCGUGGCUCAACAGGAUAGAGAAGGGGGAGAUGGUGCCGUGUUUUGUCCGAGGUGCCCCAUCUUUCCGACUUCCCAAAGACAACCAAGCACCUUGUAUCCUGGUGGGUCCAGGAACAGGCAUCGCCCCGUUCAGAAGCUUCUGGCAACAAAGACUCUACGACCGUGAACACAAAGAGAUUGAAUCGUGCCCCAUGAUCCUGGUGUUCGGUUGUCGGCAGUCGGAGAUGGACCACAUCUACAAGGAGGAGACGGUCCAGGCCAAGAACAAGGAGGUGUUCAAGGAGCUCUACUCGGCCUAUUCCAGAGAACCCGGCAAACCAAAGAAAUACGUACAGGAUGUUCUGCGCGAGCAGCUGUCGGAGACGCUGUACCACUGCCUGAAGGAGGAGGGAGGACACAUCUACGUGUGCGGGGAUGUAACGAUGGCCGGAGAUGUUCUCAAGACCAUCCAGCAAGUCGUCAAGCAGCAGGGCAACAUGAGCCUGGAGGACGCCGGCUUCUUCAUCAGCAAGCUCCGGGACGAAAGUCGCUACCACGAGGACAUCUUCGGUGUCACCCUGCGAACCUAUGAGGUCACCAACCGGCUCCGCUCCGAGUCCAUUGCCUACAUUGAGGAGAGCAAAAAAGACCCAGAUGAGUUAGUGGAUUUCUUUCAUCUCCACUGUUAA